CGUGACGGUCGGUGCGGACACGUUGCAGGACAGGCGGUCGGGAAGGCUUGCAGUUGGCACUUUGCCUUUUGCCAUGCUCCGCCGCCGCCUCUUCUCGACGCGCGUGUUCGCAUCGCCAUACCCCGCCGUCUCGAUCCCGUCCAAGACUCCGUGGGAGCUCAUCCGCGACAGCAGCGUCGGCCGCGAAGAGAACCCGGCGCUCAUCUGCGGCCUCACGCACGAGACGACGACCUUUGGCGGCUUUCUCGAGAAGGUGCAGAAGAUUGCCACGUCGCUCGCAGCCCUCGGCGUCAAAAAAGGCGAUGUCAUUGGCACCAACGUCGUCAACUGCGUCGAGUACCCGCUCUUCUGCCAUGCGGCCACGGCCCUCGGCGCCAUCAUGUCGCCGGCGUCGCCGCAGUUUCUCGGGACCGAGCUCGCUGCCCAAAUGCGCGCCGCCAACGCCACGUACUUUAUCACGCACCACUCGGUGCAAGCGUCUGCACGGGAUGCGAUGGCCGAGUACGCGAUCCCGAUCGACCACCAGUUUUGCGUCGGACCGUCCGACACGUUCCAGUCCUUCGACGAUCUCUUGCGCGUGGAUAGCAUCAACGUUCCGUCGGUCGAGAUUGAUGUCGUCAACGACGUCAAUUUCCUGCCCUUCUCGAGCGGCACGACCGGCCCGCCCAAGGGCGUUCGCUUGUCGUUUGGCGGCCUCACGUCCAACGUCGUCCAAGCCAGCUCCAUCGAUCGCAUGGGGUCGCAUGCGAUCAUGGUGCUGCCCUACUUUCACAUUUACGCCACGUUCAUGAUGAACUGGGCCAUGUACCAAGGCAGCGCGCAGGUCGUUCUGCCAAAGUUUGACCCAUCGACCUUUCUGCACUGCCUCGAGCGCUACAAGGUCGAGAAGGCGCACCUCGUGCCGCCGCUUGUGGCCUUUCUCGCCAAGCACCCGAUGGUCGACCAGUACGACCUCUCGGCGACCAAGCACGUCAUCUCUGGCGCCGCGCCCAUGGGCGAAGAGCUCGAACAGCAGCUGGAAGCGCGCCUUGGCAUGAAGAUCAAGCAGGGCUUUGGCAUGACCGAGCUCUCGCCUGUCGGCGCCCUUCCCAUGGACGGCCAGGCCAAAUACGGCUCGGUCGGCCCGCUCUUGCCCAACACGGAGCUCCGCGUCGUGUGUCCCGUCCAUGGCACGGACAACGAUAUUGACGUGCCGGGCGAGCUUUGGUACCGCGGUCCGCAGACGAUGCUUGGCUACCUCAACAACGAUGCCGCCACCGCGGCGACGCUUACCGACGACGGGUUUGUCAAGACGGGCGACAUUGGGUUUGUGGACAAGGACGGGCACAUUUUUGUCGUCGACCGUCUCAAGGAGCUCAUCAAGUACAAGGGCCAUCAGAUUGCACCGGCCGAGCUUGAAGACGUGGUCAUGUCCCACCCCAAGGUCGCCGACGUGGGCUGCAUUCGCGGGCGUGACGACGCGGGCGAAGAAAUCCCGCGCGCGUGCGUUGUGGUGCAGCCCAACGAGACGCUGACGGCGGACGAGCUCAUGGCGUACGUGGCCGAGCGCGUCGCACCCUUCAAGAAGGUGCGCGAGGUCGUCUUUGUGGAGAUGAUCCCCAAGAGCCCGUCCGGCAAGAUCAUUCGGCGCGAGCUCCAAGCCAAGUUUGGUGCUGCGUUCGGCUAA